AAGAUUGUAAUAUUAAAUGGAGCUGUGUAGAAAGCUUUCUACACUGUUUUAUGACUACAGUCAUGUGUCAUGUCUCCUACUGUAGAGUACCGGUACUGUACUUUUGCACUUAGAAAUAUGGUGAUUUUUUUUUUUUUUAAAUAGCCUUUGUACGUGCAAUUACUAUGGAUGAAAUAGAAAUUAAUUAUAAUAAUCAACUACAAAUUGCAUACAAUGAUCACCUUUUCUAUACUUAUACUAUUAUAUCAUUUCUGAAAGCAGCUUAUUAUAAUACAAUAAGUUAUAUGACUUACUAUUUUAAACCAGAUUUGCUCCCAUACUUGCCAACUGUCCCGUUUUUCCGAAGUAUACCCCACUGACAUAUUUUGUUAUUCCAUGUAUUUUACAUGUAGGUGGCUCUCCCUUGGAAUUGCUCCUGAGAGACUCCUUGAAAACUGGAAGCCCCUUACUGAAUUCUUUCAGACUGAGGCAGGAACAGCAAAACCACCAGCAAAGGUCAACAAAAAAAGAGAAUUGUCACCCUCACCCACUACUAGUGAAAAUCCACAGAAGAAACUGAAAGUUAGUUGAGAAGUUAACUGAGAAGUGGGAAGGACACUUUCAGCUCUGACACUUCAACUGCAGUGAACACAUCUACAUGUAUGGCUGUAAGUAAAACUGCCCAACCUGCAGCUUCUACAUGUACAAGUGUACCAACUCUGCAGACCAAGACUAGUGGGAAGGAUACUAUCAGCUCUGACACUUCCACUCCAGUGAACUCACAUGUCUGUACAUCUGUAAGCAAAACUGCCCAACCUGCAGCUUCUACAUGUACUCUGCAAAAAGUGUAACGACUGUACAGAACAAGACGUCUACUACAUGCACAGGUAGCAAACCACUCCAUCAUGGUAGUACUUCUGGGAAAACAGAUCCCUGUAGUAGUACACUUAGUGCAACUCACAGAGAAUUAGACAUUAGCAGAUAUUUCUUCAGUCAACAAAAACUUAGUAAGAAACACAAACUCACAGACAACGUAGUGAAAGUAAACCUACCAAGGGAAAGGACAGCGAAGAAUGUUCCUAAGAAAGCACAAGUGGCUACAAGGAAAUCCAAAGUUGUGCUGGUUUAUGAACAGUUAGUUGACCCAAACUGCAAACUUGAAGCCCUAUUCCUCAAGUCUGUCCUGCCAAUCUUUGAAGAAACCAAUGAAAUUCAUCAUGUUCCUAGGUGAAGCAGGAGUUCCAUUUUGUUAACUAUUCCAGAGAGAUGAACCCCUUAUUCACAGAAUGCAUGGGAUCCUUGUGAAUCAGCUAUCUAGGCUUCUCUGCAGAUUCAUCAAACCUGAUGUCAUUCACCAAGCUGAGAACAUUACCAAACUAGAUCUGUCUAAUGAAAAGUUCCACAAGAACAACAGUGAAAUUCAGAUUGGCUUUGAGUGCAAGCAAUACCUGGAAGCAAAUGAGGAAUCCUUGCAAGUGAAGCAAUUUUUCCAGUCUGUGAAGAAGUUUUACAUUGAUUCUGCAACAUACAUGGUACAACACUAUCCAUUCAAUGAGGAUCUUCUCUUAAAUGCUGAGGUGGUAGACAUUACCAAGAGAUGUUCAUCAAAGUUCAGCUCUCUUGAAUAUUUUGUAUCAAGGUUCAAAUUGCUGUCA